AUGUCCGAUAAAAGAGACCCAGGACCUAUACCAAAUCGAUGGUUAAAGUGUCCAAGAAAAGCUGAUCAACUUAUUGCAGGCCAAUUCUUAGCGUUUAAGACACCUCUUAGUUCAGCAUUUAAUGAAAAAGUGCCAGAAUGUAAUCGUUUUACACCAAAAAUGUUAUUUGACAGUGUUAAACGAUAUAAAAAAAAGCUCGGCCUUUGGAUCGACCUAACAAAUACGUCUCGUUUCUAUGACAAAGAAGAAAUAGAAAAAUAUGAUUGUAGAUACAUUAAGUUAAAGUGUCGUGGACAUGGGGAGACUCCUUCUUUAGAACAAACACAAGUAUUUAUAAGGACUGUAUGCUUAUUCAUGAGCCAGAAACCUGAUGAUAUAAUUGGUGUUCAUUGCACUCAUGGUUUCAAUAGAACUGGAUUCCUUUUAAUUGCAUAUUUAGUUGAGCAACAGGAUUGUAGUUUAGAAGCAGCCAUUAGAGAAUUCGCAAGAAAAAGAGAACCAGGUAUUUACAAGCAGGAUUAUUUAGAGGAACUAUAUAGACGUUAUGACGAAAUUGAUAGUACAAUUGCAGCUCCACCAAGACCAGAUUGGUGCAAUGAGGAAGAAGUGAUCGAUUAUGAUGAUGAUGAUGCACCUACUUACUCACAAAAUGUUAGUCAGUCACAUGGUACAAAAAAAUCAAAAAGAAGAGGUCCAUCGACAAAAGAGUUCAUGCCUCACGUACAAGGAGUGACUUUUUUCAACCAAGAGCCAAGAGUGAGUGAGAUUCAGUCGAAGGCCCAAAAUUUCUGCAAAUGGAACAGAUCUGAUUUCCCAGGGUCACAACCUGUGUCCAUGGAUUUGCAAAAUUUGAAAAAUUUAUCCAAAAUGCCAUACAGAGUGUCUUGGAAGGCAGAUGGUGUGAGAUACAUGAUGCUAAUAGACGGACACAACGAAAUCUAUUUUAUUGACAGAGAUAAUUGUGUGUUCAAAGUAAAUGGGAUCUCGUUUCCCCAUAACAAGGAUCCUAAUAGACAUCUAAGGGAUACUCUAUUAGAUGGCGAAUUGGUUUUAGAUGAAGAGAAAAAUGGUUCGAAACAGCCGCGGUACCUCUGCUACGAUAUUAUAAGAUUUGAAAACAUCAACGUGGGUAAAGCACCCUUUUACCCGGUCAGGUUAAAAUGUAUUGAAACUGAGAUUAUUAACCCAAGAGACCGCGCAAUAAGUAACGGUAUGAUAAACAAGGAAGUGGAACCAUUUCGCGUCGUCCUCAAGCAGUUUUGGGACCUCACUAUGGCAAAGGACCUGUUAGAAGAAAAGUUUGCUCGAACUCUGAAACACGAACCGGACGGAUUGAUAUUUCAACCAUCGCAAACGGGCUACAUGGCUGGCACGUGUCCCGAUGUACUGAAGUGGAAACCCAGUGAUAUGAACAGUAUCGACUUCAAACUCAAGAUCGCCAAGGAGAGUGGACUCGGAAUGCUAACAAAAAAAGUGGGUUUACUCUACGUGGGACAAUUAACAGAGCCAUUUGCGAAAAUGAAAGUGUCAUCAGCCAUCAAACACUUGGACAACAAAAUAAUAGAAUGCAAAUUUGAGAACAACCAGUGGGUGUUCAUGCGAGAGCGCACGGACAAGUCUUACCCAAAUAGCUACAAAACAGCUACCGCUGUAUGGGAGUCUAUACAAAGGCCAGUCACAAAGGAGAUCCUACUGGACUUCAUCGACAGACACAGGUACCACGAGGACUUCAUGAUACCUCAAGCGAAAAGACCCCGGCAG